GCCGUCGGUAAAAAUAUCUAAUUUCGGCUCGGAAAACUCUUAUGUAUUGAUUUUCCCCGCCCGGUUUUAUAGAAAUUCAUGGUAAAUUACCUUCACCAUUGUUUAGUUCAUUAAUUUAUUGUAACAUGGGUGACAGUGACGAUUAUUUCGAUGGUGUUGGGACCAUGGAGUCUAUGCCGGAUGCACCUGAAGUCACAUACAACUGGGUUGAUGUCACCACUGAUUUCUUCAAACAUAUACAAGAUUUACAACUAGGUGAACUCUUACAUGAUGGCCACCUGUUUGGCUUAUUUGAAGCCAUGUCGGCCAUUGAAAUGAUGGACCCAAAGAUGGAUGCUGGGAUGCUUUGUAACCGAGGCAACCCCAAACCACUCAACUUUCAGCAGGCUGUUCAGGCAGGGAAAUUGAAGGUUGACGACCUAGAGCCAAGUGAAUUGAUUGGUAUAAUAGAUGCAACAAUGGCCUGCAUUGUCUCAUGGUUGGAAGGUCAUUCCCUGGCGCAGACUGUCUUCACGAACCUGUACUUGCAUCAGCCUCAUUCAAUAAACAACAGGACACUAAAGGCAUAUUGUAUUGCUGUUUAUAAGCUGCUGGAUUGUAUAAGAGAUUGUAUUAACAAAGCCCAAGUGUUUGAAGAAGAGGAUUUCCAACCAAUGGGCUAUGGUUACCGCCUGGGCUCAAACCCGCAGACUGGUAACACUUUUGAUCCCAAUCUGGAGGUCCCGGAGCAGAAGUGUAUUGCCAUGCUCCGGGAACAGGAGGAGGAGCUUAAUAAGAAGGCUAGGGCUUCUGGUGAGGAGGACAACGUAUGGACCGCGCUAGCCGCCCGCAUCCGCUUCACCAGGAUGUUCUACCAGGCGCUCCUCCUGAUUACCAAGAAGGACCCUCAGUCUGGCGCGGACUGCGUGGCCCUGCUCAACGGCUGCUCCGAGAUGAUGAAGGUCAUCAUCAAGACGGCUGGGCUGGGGACUCAACCUGUAGAGAAUUCGGACUCUCCAAACCCAAUGGGGUUCGAGCCGAUGGUAAACCAGCGGUUGCUCCCGCCCACGUUCCCGCGCUACACCCGCAUCAAGCCGCGGGCCGAGGCGCUGGCUUACUGCGACGAGCUCGUGUCGAGGCUGCGGCGCGCGUGGAAGAUCACCUCCUGCACCAACUUCCACACUGCACUGGACUUCUUCAUGGAGUUUAGCCGGCAGCGCGCGUGCAUCCUGUCCCGCUCGGCGCUGCAGCUGCUGUACCUCAGCCCGUCUCCCGCCAGCACGGCCAGUAUGGCCCAGAGCGCCAUGAACGCGCCGCCCGGACAACCCAGGCCGCCGCACGCCUUCGUCGAGAUACUGCGAGAGUCCGUUCGAAGCUUCGUCAAUCCGCCGGCGUUGACGCCCAAGUCACCUAUACCUACACCACAGGCACGCGAAUUUGUAGAGAACUUCCUCGCUCGCUGCGUUCGUCCGUUCGCAGUGUUACUGCAGGUCUGCGGACAUAAUCGUGCGCGCCAGCGAGACAAGUUGGCCCUAUUGUUAGAUGAAUUCGCAGCGCUGCAAGAAGAGGCAGAAAGCGUGGACGCAGUGGUGAGCGGAGCAGCCGGCACAGCGCCUCGGGCGUGCUUCGGCACGUGGCUCUUAUACCACGUGCUGCGCGUCAUGAUCGCCUACCUGCUGUCCGGGCUGGAACUAGAACUCUACAGCGUGCACGAGUACCAUUACAUAUUCUGGUACCUGUACGAGUUCCUGUACGGCUGGCUGGUGUCCGCGCUGGGCCGCGCGGAGGGGCUGGCGGGCGAGGCGGCCGCGCGGCGCGACCCCCGCCGCGGCGCGCGCAAGAAGAAGCGCGCCCGGCCCUACGCCAGGGAGGCGCUCAUGUGCCAGGUCAUGCAGAACAUGUGCGGGGGAUACUAUAAGGCUUUAGUAGCGUUCAAACUGCAAGGCAAAAUCCGGCAGCCGCAAUCGCAGUUCGACAACGAAGCCGUGCGUUACAAGCACCGCUUCGCGCCGCUGUCCGUGCUCACGCCCCCGCAAGUCCACUACCACGAGUUCACGGAGAUGACGCAGCCGGCCCAAUACGAAAAUCCUGUGAUACUAUAUUUAGGGGGGUGCAAACACUUUCAGCAAGCUAGAUCGCUUUUAGAAACAAUCACAACUCCGGAUCAAGAGAUAACCGAUCUUCUAAAAGUAGCAAAAACAAAUUUCGUAGUAUUAAAGCUGCUAGCUGGCGGACACAAGCGGGACUCCACGACGCCGCCAGAGUUCGACUUCACUGUACAUAGACAUUUUCCUAUUAUCAAACUUGUAUAA